AUGGGGAUGAAACAACCCAAAAAAAACAAACUCGAAAGUUCUAGUACUUAUACGAAUCUCGGAAGUGGAGAUGUGGUGAAUCAAAAUCCAAAUAACUCGAAACCUCAUGCUACUAAUAUCGCAGUGCAAGCAAAUCUCCCUGAGGAUAUAACCGGCGAUGAAGCAGAUCAGAAGUUGAGCAUCUCAAAUCCUAGUGUGAAGGAAAUAAGAACUGAGGAUGAAACACCACCACCUUCUCAUAAUCGUAUAGAAAACGAUGAACUACAUAAAACUGUGGAAAGCAAACCAUUUGAUGAUCACCAAGAAGAUAUUAAUCAUCCUGAUCCUUGUACUUAUGAUUUUAUGCAUAAUAUGUCGGGCGAAAUGGGAGCUCUAGAUCAUCUGGAAAAUAUCUGUUAUUGGAUGAACACUGGAGCUUACUAUACUCCGAGUAGCCAUCAGAAUGAUAGUUCUUCGGGCGUUCAAGUUCACGAUAACACAAGUAGUUCUACUGCUGGAAGUACUAACAAUGAUUCAUGGGGGAAAUAUUUUCAUGAAAUGGGGAAAUACAUUUUUAAGGGUCCAGAACAGUAG